AUGGGUGGCGAAAACAGUGAAACUGCCGAUGGUAUAAUUGGGAGCAGCACCAAUGGGAAAACGACACGGCAGAGUGAACCGAAUCAGGGCGGGGUGACCCUGUUUUGGCAAAACUUGACCGUAGUCCCAGAGUCGAGUGCCGACAAACACAACCGACAACCGGUGCUGAACGAUAUCACGGGAACUCUACAGCCUGGAACGCUGGUAGCACUGAUGGGGCCGAGUGGUGCCGGUAAAACCACCCUGAUGUCCGUCCUGGCCUACCGGAAGUGUGGCAAAAUGACGGUUACAGGUGAUGUCCGCGUGAACGGGUGCCCCAUCGGUCCGUACAUGUACAACAUCAGUGGCUACAUUUACCAGGACGAGUUGCUGCCGGCGUCGAUCACGGUCCGCGAGCACCUGGAGCUGAUGGCGAACCUGAAGCUAGGGGCACGCGUUCCAUCGAAGGAUAAACGUACCAUGAUCGGGGAGCUCCUGUCGAUGACCGGGUUGGAGAAGUGUGCCGGAACUAGGAUCGACGGCGGGAUCGGUGGUUUCGGCAAGACGCUGUCGGGUGGGGAAAAGAAGCGGCUCGCCUUUGCCGUCGAGAUGCUGUCCCGGCCCCGGUUUCUGUUCUGCGACGAACCGACGACCGGUCUGGACUCGUACAGUGCCCGCCAGCUGGUGGCCAUGAUGCAAACGUUGACCCGUGCCGGAACCACCGUGCUGUGUAGUAUCCAUCAGCCCUCGGAGGAGCUAUUUUUCGAGUUCGAUAGCGUCAUUCUGCUGACCGGGGGCAGGACCGGCUUUAUCGGUACACCGCUUGGUGCGGUACAGUUCUUCGGACUCGAGUGCGCCCCGGGCUACAAUACGGCCGACGUUCUCGUGAAGGCUCUCGCCACGCCGACCACGGCCACGGGCAACGGAUUCACGACGGGUGGUAUGUGUCCGAAUGCGAUCUGCAACUGCUACGCCGCCAGUGAGUCGGCACGGUCCCAGGAGGCGCUGAUCAGUGCGGAGUUGUAUCGGUGUGCGACCGACGGCCGAAACCUCCAGUUCCUGCUGCAGGUGGCGGGAGAAGGUGACCGCCGGUGGUUCUACACGCUUCUGUGGCUAGUGUACCGGAAUAUGCUCCAGUCGCACCGCAACCCGAAGCUUCAGUACUACAAGGUUGUUCAGCGAAUAGUGAUCGCGUUGUUGGUGGGGUCCUGUUUUUCGAACUCAAUCCAGUUGACGCAGAAGGGUGUCCAGGCGAUGCAGGGAGUCAUAUUUCUGAUCGUCUCCGAGAACACGUUUCUGCCGAUGUACGCGGCCCUAUCACUGUUUCCGGAGAGCUUUCCACUGUUUCAGCGCGAGAAAAAGGCCAACCUGUACGGUACGGCUCAGUUCUACAUCGCACACAUCCUGUCGAUGACCCCGUUCAUUCUGCUGGAAACCUGUGCCUUCAUACUGAUCGUGUACUUCCUUGCGAACCUGAGACCAACGCUCCUCGCCCUAGCGGUUACGGUAGCUGUGUCCGUGCUCGUCAUCAAUGUUUCCAUCGCUUGCGGAUGCUUCUUUUCCACCCUGUUUCCCUCGAUUGCUUCCGCGAUGUCGUACCUGGUACCGUUCGACUACAUCCUCAUGAUCACGUCGGGAAUAUUCAUCAAAAUUUGGUCAAUGCCGAAGUACCUCCGCUGGAUGCCGUUAGUUUCGUGGAUGAUGUUUGCCAGCGAAGCCGUGUCCAUUGCGCAGUGGGACGGAGUAAAGACCAUCGAAUGUUCUAGCAUAAUUCCGAGCGUGUGUUUGCACAACGGCGAGGAGGUGCUGGCACAGUAUUCGUUCAGCGGCACCCAUCUACGGACGGAUUUGUUGGCGCUCGUUGGGCAGUACUUCAUCUUCCACACGCUGGCAUUAAUGUGUCUCGCAAGGCGGGUCGCCACCAGUUAG